AUGACCUCCGCAGCCACAGCAGACCCUAUUGCCUUCGCAAAGGAUUUCGCCAUUGGUGGUGUGUCCGGUGCUAUCGCUAAGACUUGCACUGCACCCAUUGAGCGUGUUAAGUUGAUUAUCCAGACACAGGAUUCUAACCCACGAAUCAUCAACGGAGAGGUACCACGUUACACUGGUAUCGGUAAUGCCUUCUCUCGAGUGUACGCCGAGCAAGGCUUGGGAGCCUUCUGGCGAGGAAACUUCACCAAUGUGUUGAGAUACUUCCCCACACAGGCCUUUAACUUUGCCUUCAAGGAUUCUAUCAAAACAUUAUUCCCCAAGACUAACAAGGAUACACCUUUCUUGACCAAUCUUGGAAUCAACAUGGCCUCAGGGGGUUUAGCUGGUGCGGGCUCUCUAACCAUUGUGUACCCCUUGGACUACGCGCGUACGCGUCUAGCUUCCGACGUUGGUUCUGGUAAGCGUACCUUCAACGGUCUAGGCGACUGCUUGAGGAAGACCGUACAGACCAGUGGAGUCCGUGGACUUUACAAUGGUUUCGGGGUGUCCGUUAUGGGUAUCAUCCCAUAUCGUGGUGUAUACUUCGGGCUUUAUGAUACCUUCAAGGAGUUGAACCCUUACAAGAAGGAUCGUGGAGUUACUGGAGUUGUUUCCAAACGUCGUCUGCAGAUGCAGCCAGAUAAGCCCAAGGUCGAGUGGAUGUACAGGGGAACUAUUGACUGCUUCGGUAAGGUCAUCAUGAACGAGGGUGCCGCCGCUCUUUUUAAGGGAGCUGGUGCCAAUGCCUUGCGGACUGUAGGUUCUGCUAUGGUGCUUGUGCUGUACGAUCAGAUUAAGCUUCUCAUGGAGUAG